UGUAUAUUAGUAGAAAAUCGGAUCCGUCUCUCUCUAUUCAACCUAGUAAAGCCUCUCUCUCUCCCCCCCCCCUUCUUCGUCUCAGUCUCCACGCACAAGAGCAACCAUCGCUAAUGGACAAGAAGAGUGAUAUCGAUUCCGGCUCCGGCUCCGAUUCAGAAACGAUGAAGAACAUAGAUGAUUCUGUGGAAGACACUGUUGACGAUCUCAUGCACGAAUCUGAGGAUGAUUUUGAGGAGGAGGAGGAAGAAGAUGAUGAUGAAGAUAUGUCUGAGAAUGAGUCAGAUGGUGAUGAUAAUAAUAACCCUACGUCCAACUGGCUAGGAAUCACUCCGGCUUCCAUCAGGAAAGAAGUCCUCAAGAUACACGAAGAACGCAAAGUCAAGGCCAAGAGAUUCCUCAAGGACUUUCAAGGGAAGCUAACUCUCUCUUACGAUUGGUUGCUUCUCGGCUACCGAGAUCACACCAUAGCCCCUGUCAAACACGAGGAUUUCACCUGUUUGUCUGCUCAUUUCAUCGACGAUGACUGGAAGGUCAGGAAAUGGAUCCUCGGCUACACCACCGACGCUUCCAUCCCUAUGGAUGAUCUCCUCACUUACCAUUUCCGAACCGCUGUUCAGAGCUUCGAGAUUCAGAACAAAGUCUCUACUAUACUACUCCCUAACGAUGAGGAUUUCGAUGAGAAGACGGUUGAUGCUAUCAAGAAAUACAUGGGAGAGGAGGGCCUACCGGUUAAUGUGGUGUACUGCUGUGCUGAUCUGUUCCGGUUAAUGGUGGAUGAUCUGUGUGGCCGGUUUAGGUGGGGGUUGUACGAGGAGCUUCGUAUGUUAGUUAGCUGGGGGAGGUGUUUUUCAACGCCUAAUUGGAAUGUUACGCUCUAUCAUUACGGGCUGGCUCUUGAUAUGCAUAAGGAGGAUGCUUUCUCCAAGGAUGAGAUUUAUGAUGAGUAUGAUAAGCCCUCUGAUGAGGAGUGGGUGCAGAUUGAGACGUAUUGUAAGCUCGGUGGGUGUGUUUACAAAGUGGCUAAGGAGCUUUUUGAGGAAGGAGGGUAUUCGACUUGUAAUGUUUACUUUCAUCUUCUUGCUGAGCUUAAGGUGAUGUUGAAGAAGGAGGUGGAUGGUGGUGGUGGUGGUGGUGAGAGUGAUGGUUACUUUGUGGGGAAAGCUAAGAAGAUGUUGAAGAUGUUUGAUAAGUAUUGGGGUGGUAUGUUUGUGGUUUUGGCUGCUGCUUGUGUGUUGGAUCCAAGGUUUAAGAUGAAGUACGUUGAGUUUUACUGCGCUAAGAAGAUUGACGGUGAUGAGGGAUCAAAGGCUGAAACUGUUUUGGACUAUCUGCGUAGUCUGUUUGCUCGCUAUGCAGCUAGUGAGUUCUGUCAGAAGCCAAUAUGCUCUGUUGCUACAGUUGACCAUGAAGAGGAUGAAGAUGAUGAGGAUGAAGAUUAUGGUGAUGAUGAUGAUGAAGAAGCAGACAAGGAAGAGAAGGAGAAGCCUGAUGCGUACAAGGACUUCGCUUUGUUUCAAGAAUUUCUCAAGUAUGAAGGAUCAUCUCCAAGAGAGUUUGGUGAUUCAGAGCUUGAUGCCUACCUCAAAGAGCCGAUCAUUGAGUGGGACAAAGACUUCAAAGCGUUGGAAUGGUGGAAAGAGAAGAGCCAGACUUAUCCAGUCCUCUCCCGUGUAGCUCGUGACGUUCUCUCCAUACCGGUCUCGCGUGCAACGUCUUACGAUGCUUAUGUUACGGAGAAGAGAGAGCCUCCUGAGUCUGUUCUUUCCAUGGAUGCCAAAGCUGCUAACGCAGUGAUGUGCGGCAGAAGCUGGUUACCACUUAUAAAAUAGUGGCAAAACUGGUAAGAUCUUUUCUUUCGUUAUCUCUCUAUUAAGAACUUAAAACAUGCUUUCUUAGUCUUCAUGAAACUUAACAACUCUGUGUUUUGGUUUUGCUACGUUUGUUUCCCAUCUCCUUAUCAUCAGUAGCAUCUUCUUUUCGUUGAA